UGCCGCUGUCGAUAUAAAAGCAUUAAAGCAGCCUGUCGUCGAACGUCGAACGAGCAAACAAUUUUCGUGUAUUAUCGCAAGCGCACAGUUUUGUAUUAGAAUCUCGGGAAUACAUUCGUUUUCCGUAAUUAUGAGUCAAAAUCGCAAUCGCACCGACAGCAAUAAUAGUGACGAUGAUGAAUCACUAGGCAACUGGGCUGUAGCAGGUUUGGUGGGGUUAGCUGGCCUAGCCAUAGGUGCCGGAGCUUACUACCUGACGUCAUCUUCAUCCUCGCAAGCGGAGGAACAGAAGAAAAAAGAAGAAAGGGAGAGGGCAGAGGCAAGACAGCGGGAACAGGCCAGGCAAGAAGCGGAGUACCAAGGAGGAUAUUCUGGAUGGAAUUUAUUUACCAAUGUGGCCUGUGCUGCUGCUGCUGUAAUGGGAUCCCAGAUGUCUGCAGCUGCACCCGCCGAGUCUGUGCUGGUUGUCCCGGGUAAUCCGUUGAUCACAAACAUGAAUGGACUGCUGCAUGACAUAUAUAAGCGGUACAUUGCACUGAAGGAUGAAGAGUUUGAGGAGCAUUAUAAUGUGUUUAUGAAAAUAUUUUACCGGCUGCAUGAGCAGAUGAAGGUGGCGGAUAAAUACUAUAAUCGCUAUUCAAGUACUGUACAAUUCGCGGGCAGCCACUAUGACCGCCUGCGCAUCAACAAGCCCGAUGAAUUUGACAUGGACAUCAUCAUCGGUCUGCCUGUCAACCUCAAGGAAGCCCCCAAGCCGGCCAACAGCGACAUAGUGCUUGAAGCCAAGGCCCCCGGAUUCAUACAACUAAAGGCUGGGACACAGUUCCAAAACCUGCCCAAGAGAGAUGGCGCGGACUGGCUCAUCAAUAGGACUGCGCAUGAGUGGUUGGAUGAGAGAAACUAUUUGCUCCGCUCGAAGUUUACAGACUGGUUUAAAAGCGUUGUUAACAAGGCAAUGAACAGUUUUCCCGCAGACCCAUCAUCCGGUCGCCGCGUGGUGAACGUGGAUGGUAUUCCGUACACCUUGCGGCUGUCGUCGAGCGGGCCCGCCAUCACGCUCAUCAUCGUGAACUCGAAGGGGUUCCGGCUGGACGUCGAUCUGGUCCCGGCCCUCAAGUUCCCUAAAGAACGCUGGCCUAUCUGCAGACCGUAUAGAAAGGUGCCUGACAACUGCAACCACCACGAUAUAUUCAUGGUGGUGCCGAAGCCUAUGAAGGGCGGGCUGAACCGCUACGACACGGACCGCUCGUGGCGGAUCGCCAUGCACCUGCAGGAGCGCGACAUCAUGCACGCCACCGAGAACAUGCGCCAGGCCAUACGACUGAUCAAAAAACUCCGCGAUUCCCAAGGUUUGAACAAAAUAGCGAGUUACUACAUCAAAACAAUCUUCUACCACGAGGCCAUGGCCCGGCAAAACGAACCCCAUUUCUGGCGCAACAGCCCAUCAUAUCUCUUCAGUAUUAUGGUAAAAAAGUUCAUCGAACAUCUAGAUUCCGGGGAAAUAGCUUAUUUCUGGAACAAAGAAAAUAAUCUCAUAGGCUAUAUUGAGAGAUCCACUUUGACGGGUUAUGCGAAUAAACUGAAGAAACUAGUACCGAUUUUGGACGACCCGUCCAAGUAUAAGUGGGCUGCGAAGUAUUUGCUGACGGAAAGCCAGUUUAAGGAGUACAACGAUAAAUUCUUGCACAUUUAAGAAGUGACUUUUUUGGCCGGAUGCACGAUAAAACGUAGGUAUUUGUCAGAAUAUGAAUCGCACAAAUUGUAUGUAAGAUGUGUAGUCUAAGAAAAGAUCGUGUCCAUGAAUUGGACACCUGAAGAAGAUGGCGCUGUAUGGCGCAAAACUUUGUGGUAAAGGUUUUCCUAUAGCUCGUUUUUUUUAGCAUUAGAAAGAAGGUAAGCGAUCUUGACGUUUCUUCUAUAUUAAAAAUCACUUUAAAAAAAAGACAGCAAAUAUGUUACAAUUAUAAAGCAUAUACGUACGAUCUUUUUCAUUCUUUUUCAUAAGUAGAAUAAACUACAUUUUUUAAAAGCGUUUUUCAAUAUAAAAAAAGACGUCAAGAUUGUUCACCUUUUUUCUAAUGCUAAAAAAAAGAACUGUCAACUGUUUGUGACAACUGUGUGUGUGAAGAACUGUUUGUGUGAGCGAUGCCGUCAUAUAGCGGCCGUCUCCAUACAAAAUAUAUGAAUGGAGUAUUAUUACAGAAUAAGUAACCGUAUUAUUAUCGUAUUGUUAUGUAUGGUAUUAUUUUGUAUGGAGACGGCCGCUGUGACGGCAUCGCUAUCCUAGGAAACCAGAGCUUUACUGAAUUAUCAAACGUCAACUGAAAAUUACCGCAAGGAUAUAGGCGCCAUCUACAUUAUCUGUCAAAUUCGGAGAAAAUAUAUUUUUUUCCACAAAUAACGGCCAAGCAUGUUGCUACUUAAACUUUUUUUUUAUGGAUGGAAAAAAAAAUAGGUUUAAAAUUUAUGAUAAUAAAUUAUUUGCAUUUAUGAAUAAUUUAUGGGUAGGUAGGUAGUUCUUUUUUCCGACGAUGUCUCCAUACUAAAAAUGCGUAACGGAAGUGUUGUGUUUGUCCACUCAGUAAUGUUUAUUUUUAAAUACACUAAUUUGAUUUCAUAAAACGUUUUGAUUAUAAAUAUUGUACUAAUAAGUUUUUAGAAAGUAUAAUUAAAAGUUGUGCAAGUACUUAAUUCCAUAAGGUACGGGAGAUACAACCCUUGUCGAUAAAAAAAAGAAAAUCUACCCUUUAGUUUAUGUGCUUAAGUAAAUAUUUAUGAAGCAGCUAUUUAUACAGGGUGGAUUAAAAAUAAGUGCAUUCCCGUUGCCAGGGAGGUUUUGGGAUUCUAUUUACUCCCCCAUAGAAGCGAAAAAAAAAUUUACUCUCCCAUAGAAAAUGGACCAGCCAAAAUGUAUGAAAUAGCCAAAUUUUUUUCGCGAUUUCGGGGUUGGUCCUAUCCCAAAACCUCCCUGGCAACGGGAAAGCACUUAUUUCUUAGCCACCGUGUAUAAGUAUUAUUAUAUUGUGUGUCAUAAAAUAAUACCGAAAGAUUAUUUAGAUAAGAUUAUAACUUUUCAUUUAAAGAUAUAUAAAUAUUAAUAACUAUUUACUUAAAAUAAUUGAUUAAUUUAGGUACUACAUACGGUACGGUACGGUAGUAUGACAUUGACAUUACAUUAAUAAAUAAAUUCACAAAGGUGUGUCCGACUCCUCGUCACUUCAUACUAAUUUUAUAAAUUAGUACGAAAUGACAAGGAGUAGGACCGAUCUUUUUAAUACAUGUAUCUGUCGGCGGCCGAUCGUAGAUUAAGAUCAGGCAGGUCGUAAUGUUCCUGUGUCAUGUUUUGACUAUAGUCACAUUAAACCAGUAGAUAGGAUAGGUUCGUUAGGUUGCUUCAGAUGCCCGAAGGGCUGUGCCCAGAAAUAGAAACUGUCGACUCAGGGAACGAGUCAAAGAUUUUCACGUUCCACAAUAUGCCUAGGAUUUUCACGAUAUGCCUGAUCUUACGAUCGGCCGCCGACAUAUCCAUAGCAAGCGGGUUAAUUGCGUCUAUGGGGCAAUAGGAAAAGCAACUGUCAAUUUGAUUAUCUUUGGGAAAAAAUGUACCAUCGUCUAGAGCGCCAUCUACGCUUACUUUUUGUUUUUACCGGCCUUCCCCAUCCCAUAGGUCCAUAGCACUAAUCAGACAUACAAGUCUCAGCUUAGGUACUGUGUUCACAUUCUUGAUUUGUUUUUGAUAUGACAUGAGCGAUUAUAUCAUACCACUCAUAUUAUGAAUACCACUCUAGUGUUUUUUCAAACCAAAUUGUGUUGAAUUUUCUUGUACUUACACAGGUAUAUAAGAAAUAUAAUUAAGUAGGUUUAGUAGUAAAUACACAAAUAAGUUAUAUGUAAGUAUGGUGCUUAUGAAGUGCCUAUAUCCUCGCGUAUAGCAAUAUAAAUAUAUAUAUCUAAAAUAUUAAGAUGUAUUGAUAGUAGAAGAGAUGUAGUCUAAAACAAAACGUUCACCUAAUAAUUUGACAGCUGUAGGGCUAAGAUGAUCGAGUUUUUUAUCAUCUGUCAUCAUGCCUGUCACGUUCUACCCAAUAUGUAAGUGCGAAAGUGGCGCAUGACAUGACAAAUGAUAAAGAUGCGAUGAUACCGCCGCUGAAAGCGUGAUAGCGCGGUCCUGUGCCAUAUGUUUUGUGUUCACUAGUGUGUCAAACGUAAGCGUUUGUUAACUCAAUUUACCACAUAAUGUAGGCUGUAGGGAGCCUAACAAAUUUAUUAUAGACUUUGCACAUGUUAUAUAAUAUACGAAAACGCAUCUUUCCUUACUUUCUUUUUUUGAACGUCUGGCGGUCUAAGGGUUAAAAAAUAGUGACUAAUAAUAAUAAGAAGUGAUUAAUUAAGUUUCUUUGUUAGUAGCCCAGUAUUGACGAAUGAUUUAUUUUAUUUGACGUAUUGUUGUAACUUCAGAACCGGGUCAUUUUGAAAAUCGAAAAUAGGUAUUAGCUAAAUUAGAAGCACAUGAUCCUCUAAAAACACCUAGACGACUGUAAUAGUACAUUAUGAUACAAGUGAGCUACGUUGGUCAUUACACACGACACGAGGCGAUAUUGUGCGCGCGAGCUGUAAGCGAGCGCGCAAUAAGAAAGCCGAUGUGUGUAAUGACCAAUGCACACGCGUUUAAUACGACGUUUUUCAAUACACUUGCGAGGAAAAAAAGAAAACUUUCAUAUUAAUCAAAUUUUAAUUGUUAAAACAGUAAAAGUCUUGCAUCUGUCAUACUGCCGGCCGCCCCUCGCCCAGGCCGCGGGGGGCGCCGGCGCCCGCCAGUCCGCGUGGUAAAAUCUACUCGACAAAUUUAAGAAGGCUCCGUUUCCAUACAUAUUAUAAGCAAUCAGUUACCUUCUUGACUCAGUCGGAUUAUCAUUCAUUUAUCUAACAAGUUCUAUAAUAUAAUGAAAAAGAACGCGUGUUUAAUAUCUAGGAUUAUGAGCCUAAAAGCGGUUCAAUAACUUGCAUGUUACGAGCAAGUGUGUUGUAUCUCAAGUGUUGCCAACGUAUGAAGUGCUCCGAUUUUCGAUAUUACCCCGUUUUCGAUGUUAACCCAAUGCACGUUACCUGUGCUUUUUCUGACUUCGCAUUUAUCUUUCUUUACUUUAAUUGUUUCGUCCGUAAUAUCCGUAAUGUUAUAUCAGUAAUCAUUAUUGUUACAGUCGUGUUUAGAAAAAACGCAUAGAAAUAUGUACCUAUUCCAUUAUUAGGUGUAUUUCACCUGAUAAAAAAAACGACAUUUGAGUCUGACUGAAUUAACCCUUAAAUGCAUGAUUUUAUAUUUUUGGUUGGAAAAAAUGUUUUUAAUAAAUAAUGUUUAAAUUUUUUCUGUUGAAUCUGUGAGCUGCAGCUGUCCAAUGCUUUGUAUACAUUUGGCAACAAUAUGCAUUUAAGGGUUAACAUUUUGGCCGCCACGUCUUUUUCAUUGAUUGAGGGAUGUGAUGUGAGGAGGGUCUACCGCGAACGUCGAAAAUCGAAAUUUCGUUAUCUGCCUCUAUCGCUCUUGCAUAUUUAAGCGGUAGAGGCAGAUAAUUAAAUUUCGAUGUUCACGGUAGGCCCUAAAAAGGUACAUUUUUAAUUUUAAACAGUACCGUUGUUGGGUACCUAUUGCUAUUUAGUUUAUGAAUGUUUUUGUUUUGUAAGGGUGCAAUGACCUACGUUCCUAUGAUAACUAUAAUGACUGAUGAUUGUAAUAAAUGAUUAACCACCGA